AUGGACAGCAAGACAGAAGAGAUCCACGUAAUACUAGAUAACUUGAACAACUCAGACCCAGGAAUAGCACACUCCGCACUGAGCAUGCUCGUGCAAAAGUUGAGGACUUCCACGUCAGUCGCUUCCUCCAUACCAAAGAUACUGAUAUACUUGGUCUCCCAGAAGGAAACCCUCCAGGAGAAGCUGAAUACCUUCCAGGGAGAGAACAGAAGGCUCAUGGCAGAUAUUAUAUCAGUUAUAUCUGCAACCCUGCAAAAUACAGACAGUUUAAAGUACAGGAUCCAGGGAGGAGCUACAUCCAUGGACAUUUGGGGGCACCAGUACGCGAAGAAGAUCUCAAGCGACAUAAUCCGCCUGAUAAGAGCGUCUAAUAUGGCAGUUCACAGUGCCCCAGCAGGACACGCUGAAAGUAGCACGCUUUCUUCUCUCAUGGAGCAGGAGAGCACAGAAAAGCACUCCCCGGAGAGACGAGAAGAAGAUGCCCGAGAGGAGGCCUUGGAAAUGUCCGGGGAGAUCGAGGAGGGUUUGGAGAAGGCCAUUUCCGAGACGGUGGAGUGCCUCUUCAAGUUCAACUGCGAGUGCGACUGCGUGGACUUUUUGCUGGAGAUCGACAGGAUAGAGAUGAUCCUGGACUUUGUCGACUCGGAGAACCGCGACAGAAUUGUGAAGUACUUCUCCUCCCUCGCAUACUUCGUGAAAAACGAGAAAACAGUCGAGACGUACUUGGCGAUCCUGCGGGGGGGAAGAGUCGAGGAGUACGGGAGGCUGAUGGUUGAGGAGGGAAGAACGGAGGAGCUUCUUCGGGAGGUCCUGGAGAUGCCUGCGAGCGACCAGACGAAGAUUCUGUACCUCCUGGGGAAGCACGAAGCCUGGAAUUCCGUUGAAAAAACCGUUUGGGAUCGAUUCGUGCAGGAUAUUGGGAGAAAGCCCGGGCUGAAGGUAGACCCUGCGGAGGUAUCGAGCAAUGCGUACAUGGCAGCCCUGAAUAAGUACGUGGGAAAGAGGCUGGAGCUAGAUAAGACAAUCUCUGAAGACUUCGGGUCUUUCUCUGACGCCCUCUCAAAGGCUUCCUUCUCGGAGGAAACACUCGCAGAACCUGAAAAUAAGAAAACGUACAAAAUAACGUCCCAGUGCUCGAAAGGUCUUCUCUUCUUGUGGGACGAAAAGAAGGCGCUGAACGACCUGGAGGAACACAUUUUCUCGGAGGACGGAUACUUGAAGGUCUCCAGCAUACUCGCCCUUGCAACAGCCACAUGCAAAGUCUACGACUACAACGACACAGUCCUCGCAGCAGUUGGAGAGGGACUCGAUACAAAGUCCACAACGCAGAAAAUAGUCCUUCUCGUAAGCCUUAUUAUGAAGUACGCAGGCUCUAAGAGGCCAGAAAUAUACGAAAUGAUACAGCCCCUCCUAUACGAUGAAACCAUGGAAGUAUCUCUCUUCGCAGUUUUCGCAGUAGGAAAUAUCUUCAGUGGAAGCUGUAACGUAGAGGCAUAUACUGAGCUCCUGAACGUCCUUGCAAGUAAAAUAUCAGGAGAGAAUAUCCCGGAGGGAGCAGCAGCAGUCGUUAAGUUUGCCCUCUUGGGAGUAGCCCUUAUCUUCCUCGGGGGACAGCAGAAGGUAGAUGAACUUCUAGAGUCCUGCGAAAUACUCGACGCACACGGACCCGCUCUCUCCAUCCUCCUCAGAAGCAUCGGAUACAUCGGGAGCGGAAAUACGAAGAUUCUCCACGGGAUACUCAAGGACUCCCUCGACGAUCAGAGCACAGCAGAGUCCGACUGCAGGCAGGUCUUUUGCAUCCUCGGAAUUGCUCUCGUCUCUCUUGGGGAUGAGACUCUCGUGCAAAUGGCAGCUCACGUUCUCGAGGGGGCAAUGCUCCUAGACAGUCAGAAGGUGCAGAUGGCAAUUCCCCUCGCGUACAGUAUAUUGUACCUAUCCACGGGAAAGACGGAGGUUAUUGACGCCCUGAAAAGGUGCACGCACAGCACAGAACCUGCAGUCGUUAUUUCAGCAGUUGUUUCUCUCGGCCUGGUAUCCGCAGGGAGUAAUAACUCGAGAGUGAAAUCAGCUCUUGAUGAACUCAGCACUUUCUGUGGGAAGGGCGCUGCUGGGAGUGCACUGAAGAUCGCACAGGGCCUUCUCAGACUCGGAAAGUGCAUGCAUAAACUCUCCUUCUACAAUGAGGGAGUCCUCUCAGGGAAGGCUGUGGGUGGACUCUUGGGGUUUAUGCUGGGAGUUUUGGACGGAGGAGCAGGAGUCUUGGAUAGGUACUACUUCGUGCUGAUGCUGAUUUCUGCGAGUAUUACGCCGAAGUAUCUUGUCGUUCUCAGUGAAAGGGGGAAGCCUGUGGAGUGCAGUGUCCGCGUGGGGAGCAGAAUUGAGACGGCAGGAGUCUCUGGGAAGCCUAAGAAGAUAUCUGGAGUUCAGGUGCACGCAUCCCCUGUGAUACUGCAGGCAACAGAGGGAGCAGAAGUCCUGGGAGAUGCAGUUACAUAUCACACGGACGGAGGAGUAGUCGUUGUCCAGGAGCCAGAGAAGCCCGAGGAGUCGGAGCAGGAAUAA